AUGAAACAGUUUUGUGAUAGGGAAAACGAAAAAAAUUCUGGCUUUUUGUUCAAAAGGGAAAACUGCACUCAUAGUCAAGAAAUGGUGCGUAGAGUUUCUUUAGAUAGAAAUGACACACAGAUCCACAACUUCACUUCUCAAUCAUCUAAGCGGACACAUUCUCCACAUGAGCUAUCUUCGCGAGAAAUAAAAAGUGGAAAGAGUGUUCCCCUAACAAUAGCACCCAACUACCAUAACAAAACAAGUUCCUCGCAUAGUUGCUCGAAAUACACCUGUUCUGAAUUGAACACAAUUAAAAAAAAAGAUAUGUAUAUUCAUCAAAAAGAAAAAAUACAAAAAAAUAAAUGCACUUCCACAAGUAUGCUUCCACAGAAAAGUAACUAUGUUAAUGGUGCAAAUUUAAGAGGCAGUAACCAAUGCAGUAACAAAAAAAACACCCCAAUGACGUGCGUGGUGAAAAGAUUAAACGGGAUAACAGAACAAAUCAACAUUAAAGACAUAGCUACUAUCCUACCUAAUUAUAUACCAUAUGAAAGAAAAAAUAACAACACACUUCUAUCAUCUGUGUUCAAAACCGAAAACGAUUUUGAAAAUUCUCAUAAGAAUUUAGGAAAUAUUUCCAACCUCCCUGUUGUAUAUCAAAAUGUUGAAUUAAAUUUAGAUCUCGUAAAAAAAUGUAGAGAAGCGUCGACAAGUAGGAAACCAUCUUUCAGUUCACAGGAACUUCAGCAACCAGAUAAGUAUGUUAUAACUAGAGUGAAUUACUGUAAAAGACUGAUAAAGAGACCUCAUAUAAAUAUGUAUAUGAAGGAAUGUCUCCACGUGUCCACGUGUGAUAUAAACAAACCCCAAGUCACCCCUAUGUUGUUAAAACAUUCUACAAAUAUGAUCUUAAGCAAGUUAAAAAAAAUGAAAUGCACAGGGAGAACUCAAUCCUCAACCACAGUAACUAACUUAACAGACAAUAAAUUUAAAAAAGGAACACAAUUUCCACAAGGAGAUUUUUCAAAAAACAAAAUACAUGGUCAAUCAAUGGUUAAUCGAAAGGUGGAUGAAACAGAUAUACAUCGUUUCAAUUCUUCUUCUCUUCAAAGUCACGAUCAAGCAAUAUCUAAAUCAUUUAGUAAAUCUUCAUUGAUGAAUGAAAGACAAGAUAUGGUUCUCCAAGGGGCGCUGGCAAAAAGAACCCGAGUGAAAUCAAUCGAAAAAAAAAAGUGCAUAGAAAAGGUUAACUCGUAUAAAGUAGUAUACGAAAGUGACGAUUUUGUAAGUAUAUACAAAAAUAGAGGAGAAAAAACGACUAAUGAGAAGUGUAUUGAUGUGUCUAGUUUGUUAUGUAUCCCUGGAUAUGUAGGUCGCUAUUUAUGUGAAUCAAAUUCGACACUUAAUUAUUCUCAUGCUCAGCAUAAUGAGUAUCAACAGGAAAAAGAUAAAAUACAAGAUGGAAAAAAGGUGAAUGAAAAUUUGUUCAAAUAUGAUAAACAUGAUGAAAAUACAACCUCUGUUAUAAGUCCUAGUCCUCAUGAACAACAUAAGCAUGAGCAGCUUUGUGAUGGUUUUGAAAACAUUUUUGCAAAUGAUGAUAUGAUUUCAUAUUAUCUUACAAAAGCUGUGAAUUGUUCACCCACACUUAACCUCGACCUGCAUUACAUCAUGAUUUUGAAUGAAAUUACGAAAAGGAGAGAAUCAAUACGGAACACAGUGAGAAUGGGAGAGGUGAUUCAUCCCAAUAAAAAUAGAAUAAAUUAA